UCAAGCUACUAUAAAUUGCAUAAAACCGAUCAAUCACCCUUUUGUCCAAGUAAUGACCAGUCACCUCUUACCUCUCUACAAAAAUACCAUAUUCUUGUCACGUUUCCAUAACAAAGCCACCAUUAUCACCAAAUCCGCAAGCUUCACUACUACUAUUACUACUACUACCCCAUGGAAUACACAGUUGAGAGAUCUCUCAAAACAUGGUCAAUACUACAAUGCACUUAUUCUUUACCGUCAAAUGCUCCAAUUUGGAGCUACCCCAAAUGCCUUCACUUUCCCUUUUAUUCUCAAAUCUUCAGCUUCUCUUUCCCUUCCCGCCACUGGAAAACAACUCCAUUGCCAUGUUAUUAAGCUCGGGUGCAAAUCUGAGCCUUUUGUUUUAACUGCUUUGAUGUCUAUGUACUGUAAAUGUAAGUUAACUGUACAUGCACAGAAGGUGUUUGAUGAAGUUCCUCAAAGAAAUCUUACUGUUUGUUACAAUUCUUUGAUUUCUGGGUACGUUCAGAAUGAUAAGUUCUUAAAUGGGUUUUAUUUGUUUAGUGAAAUGAGGCUGAGAGGAGUGGAAUUCAAUGCGGUUACGAUUUUAGGAUUGGUUCCGGGUUGUACUGUUCCGGGGCAUCUGUGGUUGGGAAUGUGCUUGCAUUGUUUGAACGUUAAGUGUGGAUUGGAGAAUGAUUUAGCUAUUGCAAACUGCUUGAUUACAAUGUAUGUGCGUUGUGGUUCCAUGGAGUUAGCGAGGAGGUUGUUUGAUCACAUACCAGAAAAGGGGUUGAUCACUUGGAAUGCAAUGAUAUCUGGUUAUGCGCAGAAUGGGUUGGCUGCUGAAGUUUUGGAGCUUUAUCGUGAGAUGGAAUUGUUGCAAGUGGAUCCUGAUGCGGUUACACUUGUUGGGGUUCUCUCAGCUUGUGCUAAUCUUGGUGCUCAAAAGAUUGGUUAUGAGGUGGAACAAAAUAUUAGGUCCAGUGGUAUGAGGUUUAAUGUAUUCUUGAGGAAUGCUCUAAUAAAUAUGUAUGCUAGAUGUGGUAAUUUGGAGAAAGCUCGGAUUAUAUUUGACGAGAUGCCAGAGAAAACCUUGGUGUCCUGGACAGCAAUAAUAGGCGGGUAUGGAAUGCAUGGUCUUGGAAACUCUGCUGUUGAGCUUUUUGAUAAGCUGAUCAAGACUGGCAUUCAACCUGAUGGAACAUUGUUCGUUAGUGUUCUGUCUGCAUGUAGUCAUGCAGGGUUGACUAAAAAGGGCUUAUAUUAUUUAGAUAUAAUGAAGAGGGAGUAUGGGUUGAAGCCAGGUUCAGAGCACUACUCUUGUGUUGUGGAUCUAUUAGGUCGUGCUGGUCGACUUGAGGAAGCUCGGAAACUUAUUGAAUCGAUGGAAGUUGAACCUGAUGGUGCUGUAUGGGGUGCCCUUUUGGGUGCUUGUAAGAUCCACAAAAAUGUUGAACUUGCAGAAAUAGCUUUUAACAAGGUUGUUGAGCUUGAGCCCACAAACAUCGGCUAUUACGUGCUACUUUCCAAUAUCUAUACAGAGUCAAAUAAUUCAGAAGGUAUAUUAAGAGUCAGAUUGAUGAUGAGAGAACGGAAGCUUAAAAAGGAUCCAGGUUAUAGCUAUUUUGAGUAUAGAGGGAAAACCCACCUCUUCGUGGCUGGCGAUAUAGGUCAUCCUCAAACAGAGGAGAUAUACAAAAUGUUAAAUAGAUUGGAGGAUACCGUAAGUGAGCUUGGAGGAGCAAACAAAAAUGGUCAAGAGGUAAUAAAUCAAGAACCUCCUAAUAUUAUGGGUGUGCAUAGUGAACGUUUGGCAAUUGCAUUUGCUCUCUUAAACACUGAAAUAGGGACUGACAUUCUUGUUAUAAAGAACUUGAGAAUAUGCGGUGACUGCCACUCGUUUGUGAAGCGGGUUAGCAAAAUUGUGGAUCGUUUAUUUGUGGUCAGAGAUGCCACUCGUUUCCACCAUUUUAGAAAUGGUACAUGUUCUUGUAAUGAUUACUGGUGACCUGUGAGACUGGAGAAACGCUAACAAGGACUUAGCAGUGAAGCUCAUUACAGAGACGGAAUACAAUGAAGUAUGCUCUCUAAACCUUGAAGCCACUGAUUACUGGUGACCUGUGAGACUGGAGAAACGCUAACAAGGACUUAGCAGUGAAGCUCAUUACAGAGACGGAAUACAAUGAAGUAUGCUCUCUAAACCUUGAAGCCAGUGGCAGUAUGCUGCAACUUUGCGUUCAUCAAGAAUCCAACUUACAAGCUCCAUGCAAGGGAUCAUAAUAAUUGUCAAAGGUUUAACCUCUUCCGAGUUGACCUAUGUUGCCCAUAUAUAAGAAAGUGCAUGCGUUCAUCAAAAGUUGAAAAGUUGAACAGUUGAGUGAUCAUAAGAUAUGAAUUGUCAUUACAGAUGAAAGUGGAAAUAGGUUGGUUCUUUGCUGCUGGCCCUUAGCAGGAAAGUGAGCUACUGUCAUCAUUAAUACAAGCCUCGUAGUUGAUUGACUCUAUCCUGUUUCAAAAGUUCACAUCACAAGAAAAUAAGGGCAAACAAGGGACCAGCUUUUGAGAAGAAAUGCUUUUGGACGUUAGGCAUUUCUAGCUUCCUUGAGCACAAGUUUGACAUCAGCGGCAAGCAUAUUGACUUUUACAAGUUUGGAGCUUAAUCAGUAAAGAUUACAUCCAUUAAGAUUGCACAUGUUCACAUUCCUUUACCUGAAUAUUUACUUGGACAGAUACGGCUGAGAAUAGAUACUGUUGGAAAACUGAAAGGAUAAUAUAAAAUGCUUGAUCACAUUCAAGAUCUCUCCUCCUUAGUCUCUAUUUCACCUCCUAUUGAAAAGCAGUGUUUCGGAUAGCCAUUGAUAAAAGAACUGUAUUAGUUACAUCAUUCUACAAAAUGUUCAUUGAUCAUGAAAUUCAUGUGUUUUACUGGAAAGCGAAGUCUAAGGGAGACUGACCGAUCGUGAUCAAAGUGAGCAGUGCACAAUUCAAGUCGACCUUGAGAAAUGGAACAGGAUUUGCAAGUUGCAAGUGGUGCCAUAUGUAUCAUGAGUUUGAAGAGUCUUCUAAUCUCUCUGUAAUGUAAUAUGAUUAGAGAAUCUUUGAUAUAUGUUCGUGUUCUGUUCUCUUUUUUGCAAUGCUAGUGCCUUACUUUCAGUUAUACCCUUAUAAAUGUGUACAAGACUCUUGAAUGCUGCUGCAUAGCAUUCCUGCUACUGAAU